AUGUCGACCCCGGCGCCAGCCGAGGUGCCCGCCGGCGGCGCUGGCGAUAACCUCCCCUGGUGGCUCCUCGAUGCAGCUACCGUCGUCAGCAUCGCCUCCAUCGUGCUUCAGCUCAAGAACUAUCGCAUGCCGGAGCUGCAGCGCAACGUCGUCCGCAUUAUGGUCAUGGUACCGUUAUAUGCGUGCUCGUCGCUCAUUGCGCUGUACUCGCUGAACGCGGCGUUCUACAUCGACGCCAUCCGCGACCUGUACGAAGUCAAGCCGCUUCUCGUCCUCCUCGUCGCAUUCUGCAAGGCGACUGGCACGUACCAUGAGGGAUCGUUCUCUUGGACGGCGGGAUACACCUGGGUUACUGUCAUCUACAACGUCUCGAUCUGUCUUAGUCUUUACUGCCUGGCAAUGUUUUGGGUCGCGGUCAACAACGACCUGAAGCCGUUCAGACCAGUUCCCAAGUUCCUUUGUGUCAAGGGCAUCCUGUUCUUCUCAUUCUGGCAGAGUGUUCUCAUCGGCUUCCUCGUUUCCGUGGGAGCUAUCAAGCAUGUGUACACUGAUCCGGAACACAUGACUAUGGCGAUUGUCGACUCACUUAUCUGCAUCGAGAUGCCGUUCUUCGCUAUCGCUCACGCCAGCGACUACAUCGAUAUGCGUCUGAACCAUGUCGCCCGACUUCCCUUCAUUUUCGCUUUCCGGGACGCCUUCGGACUGAAGGAUGUCUGGGCGGACAUCAAGUACACGUUCCGUGCCAGGGGCAUCUCUUACAAAGCCUACGAGGCUGCCGACGGCAGGCUGCACAACGAGGAGGGAAGGACGAAGCGCAUUCGCGCCGGUCUGCGAUACUCCAAGGGAGGGAAGACCAAGUACUGGAUCAACGUCCCAGGCCAGGAGGACCAGCGGGUUCAAGUCGACUCGCGCACGCCUCUCUUGCCUCAGCACCGCGUUGGCUACUCCGUCUCCGGAGUCGGAAGCGACAGUGACAGCGAUGUGUCCGAUGCGCCUAGCCUUGAGUUCAGCUCGGCGAGCGAGUCGGAGGACGCCUUAUACGUUCGAGCUCGUCACAUCGGAUAUACCGGCUUCCCCAAUGUCGACGUGUCUGAGGAGAACAUGCGUCGGCGGAGGAGAUUUGAGGAAGGCGAGAUCUUAGCUGGAAGGAGGACAAGGAGUGGCGGAGUCGUCACUGCGCGCGACUUGAACACGGGACCGUUUUCGCCACCGUUACCGCCGAUGCCGUGGGGCAGACGCGAUUCGAAGGGCAAGGGCAAGGUCAAGGAGACGAAACCGGAACAGAAGAAGCAGAAGCUUUACGGGGCGUGGGCGGACCGCGACAGCGUUAGCCAGAGUUCGAACAAGCUGGGUCUAGACACUGGAGCUUCAGGUUCUGAGCAGCCGCAGAUGGCCGAGCCUACGCCCCGCAAGCCGAGGCGCAGUGAGCGGAAUCGCAGCUCGGUGUCCAGCAAGAAGUCAUUCAAGGCAGCCCAGAGCCCUGCAUCGAACAAGCCCGUGAGCUACGCAGACGACGACAUCGUGGGUGGAUGGGGCCAGCCGACCCAACACCAGCAGCGGCAGUCGAGGGACUACACCGACUACUUUAGCCACCCUGCUCAUGCUUCGCCGCCUGUCACCAGCCCUUACGAGGUUGGCUCCCCGGAUCAGAACGCCUGGGAUGAGUUGCGGGAUAGCCGGAGCCCAGUGAUGCGCCGCGAGGACGCCGUGGACCUUAUUCCGCAAGACGGAUGGAAUGACGAGCGUGACGAGUGGGGAGGGCGAUAA